AUGGAAAGAACAUGCUCGCUGCUGCGUACUCGCUGCGUCCACCAGCAGGAGCGAUCUUCAAAACCAGCCAUCCAGCGGAAUCACAAUGCUUCCUCAGCACCCCAAGACUUAACCGCUGCUGAGCAAAAACGCGACCCAAUACUGUCUAUGGCGGCAAAGCUGAAGGCUGCGCCCGUGAGCAAACCCGUUGUGCGGAGCAGAGAAGAUCUGGAGAGCAUUCUCAGCCAGGCAAUCGAGCCAAUAUCCGAGGAGCUUUGGGCGGUAAUGAUCGAAGAAGGACUCGCGGAAGAGGAGCAAGCGCAGGCGCGGGCGCAGGUAUUUGAAGGGCACAAGACAGGGCAGUUUGAAGUGGUAACGGUGUACCCGGCGCUCGUAGAAGCGGUGAAGAACAUCGGUCGCUUAGCGGGGCCAGAAAAGGCUGCAAAGGUUUACGGGAAGUUUUGGGGGGAUGAUUCAAAGGGCGACCCGCAGCCGAUCUACACGUAUGAGUACCAGCCGGAGUACGAAGAAGAGGCCCUUAGACUCCUAGAUGGGGCAUGUAGGUCUGACUACAGGGUGGUGGCAGCGGUUUGUGGCCUGAAACUGCCGACAAGCGGGCAGAAGAUGUUCAUCACUGCCGACAAGCGGCUAGUAAGGGCGCUGAAUAAACACGCCAAGCAGCUCCACGCUCGUUUGAACUUGACGAUUCUGGACCCCAAGGACUUUGUAAAACUGCUGUAA